AUGUUGGGCCGAAAGUUCUUAGGAACAGCUUUGGCUGUGUUGCCUCUUGCAAGCGCAAUUACUCCGGAGGAAUUGUUGGCUGCGCCGAGAAGGAGUGAAGUGUUGCCCAACCCAUCCGGGGAAAUUGGUGUAUUCAGUGCAACGACUUAUUCAUGGGACUUGCACAAGACUCACACAGUGUGGAACACGUUGAAUCUCACCAGUGGUGAAAUCUCGUUGCUUUACAAUGGUUCUGAGAUCUCCGAAAUCGUCUGGGUCGGACCGAAUGAUACGAGCAUUCUCUACAUCAACGGUACUAAUGAAGAAGACAACGGCGGUAUUAGCAUAUAUGGGGCAGAUAUCACUGCCAUUGAUCAGGCAUACCUCAUCGCCUCUUUACCGACACCAUACUCUGGUCUGAAAGCUGUGGUCACACCAUCCGGAGAUGUGAAUUUCCUCCUGAACAGUCUAGCUUGGCCGAACGGCACAGCAUACAACGAGGCCUUGUCCGAGCAACCAUUAAGUACGGCACGACUGUAUGACAGUAUCUACGUUCGCCACUGGGAUACUUGGCUCAGCGAGCGCAAGUAUGCGGUCUUCUCGGGUACCUUGACCGGGGGAAAGCAAUAUUCCUUUUCUGGCAACCUGACGAACCUUGUUUCUGGCAUCUCCAAUGUAACGCGUGCUGAGAGCCCAGUUGGACCAUUUGGCGACCUGAGUGACUACGACAUCUCGCCUGACGGGGCUACAGUGGCGUUCCUUACCAAGAAUGUCGACCUACCUCUGGCGAACUACACAUCCUCCCAAAUAUAUCUCGUCCCCCACAAUGGGUCUUCCAAGGCCGUGCCUAUCAAUGCAUUUUCGGGCGCUUCAACUCCACCAAAUGCUCGUGGUGCGUCUUACCAACCGCACUUUUCUCCGGAUGGCUCGAAAAUUGCGUAUGUCCAGAUGGAUGGUAUCUCGUACGAGUCCGACAAGUACAAAAUCUACGUUGCAGACGUCAACCCUGACAACCCCAACAUUACCGUUCUGGCAGAGGACUGGGACAGUACACCAGAUUAUUUGCAAUGGUCGGUGAACGGCACAUCGCUAUUUGUAAGAGCCCCAGAUGUUGGAAAUGAGCGCAUCUUCGAGGUCCCAUUAUCGGCGAAAUCAGACUUCAAGCCCACAAACAUCACAAACGCCGGUGAUGUAUCCGCUUUCUCAGUGCUGCUAAACGGAAACCUGCUUGUGUCCGACACGAAGCUCUACUCUUCGCGGGAUUACUACAUCAUCUCACCAAACGGAGAUCUAGUCACCGAUCUCUUCCACGCCAACAAAGUGGACUCCGAAUUGGCUGGUCUGGGUCCUGAAGAUGUAUCCGAAUUUUAUACCCAAGGAAGUCUUGCUCCGGUCCAGAGCUUCUUGGUUUUCCCCGAAGGAUUCAACAAAAGCAAAAAAUAUCCCCUUGCUUUCAUUGUCCAUGGCGGGCCGCAAGGCGGUCAGUACAACGCGUGGAGUACUAGAUGGAACCUCAAGACCUGGGCUGACCAAGGGUAUGUGGUGGUUGCGCCCAAUCCGACAGGCUCCACUGGCUGGGGCAUGGCUUACCAGAACGCCAUCCAAAACCAAUGGGGAGGAUAUCCAUACGAAGAUCUGGUGGCCGUAUGGGAAAACGUCAACAAGAAUUUCAGCUAUAUCGACACUGACAGGGGAAUCGAAGCUGGAGCCUCGUAUGGAGGCUACAUGACCAAUUGGAUCCAGGGGCACGAUCUGGGAAGAAAGUUCAAAGCCCUCGUCACGCACGAUGGUCCGGCCAACCUUUUGGGCAUGUACAACACGGAGGAGUUGUGGUUUUCGCAACACGAGUUCAACGGCACCCUCUGGGACAACCGCGACAACUACGACCGCUGGAACCCCAUCAACCACGCCCGCAAUUUCUCUACACCGCAUUUCGUCAUCCACAGCAGUCUUGACUAUCGGUUGCCUGUGUCUGAGGGGAUCAUGCUGUUCAAUAUCCUGCAGGAGAGAGGCGUCCCUAGCAAAUUCUUGAAUUUCCCCGAUGAGAACCAUUGGGUCCAGAACCGCGAGAACAGUCUGGUGUGGCAUCGAGAAAUCUUUAACUGGAUCAAUCAUUAUAGUGGUAUCUCGAAGUGA